CAGGGAACUGGCUGCUUGGCUCACUGAGGUGGGAUUUCUACUUCUUUCGGUGAAGUCUGAGGGCUGUCAAAAUGAUGGCUUCCCUGCCCUGUGUGACUUUGUCUUCAGAAAAGUUUGUUUUGACUUUGUUGGGGGAUCCAGAACCUGGUCCCAGGCGAAGGAAAGCUGUGAACAGCGAGGAGGAGAACUGCUGAAGGUGCUGAACAACCAAAUGAAAAUGUUCCUGAAGAAUACCCCUCUCGAGAGAAACACAAGCAACUUCACAUUUUGGCUGGGAAAGGGGGUCCAGGAGAAGGACCUGGAACCCUACAGAGAAAAUGUGGACGACCUUAAGGACAACUGCUCGUACUUGAAGCUGAAUCCUAUCCAGCUCAUCAGAACAUCGGACUGCAACCAGAAACGAGGCUUCCUCUGCACCCACAGCUUGCGGUCUUCAUGGAGCACAAAGAAGACAAUCGUGUCGGCCCAUGCAACUAGAUCUCGGCUCAAAAGGGAAGUUGGUGAUGUUGGAAUUGAAGAGUUCCUCAAGACGGCUGAUGAAAAACUUCACAAGAUGGAGAUAACAGCUAAUGAGCCAACAGAUGCUAACAGGGAGGAUUUCAUUCAGACUUUGUUGGCAGCCACACAAAGUCUGACAUCAGAGUUUGCUUUGGCGAAUGAUGACACCAUCAGUCACAUCGUUAACAGCAGUACUGCCAUCCUCCUCCUCUCAAUGAAAAAAUGUGACAUCCAGUCCAACCCAAACCCUCCGUUUCUGUUUGAAAAUAUCUUUGAGAUACUCCAGCACAUUGCUAUUCUCCUGGGUGAAGACGAGGCGCUUAUUUUGAAGCACCCAACAGGAACCCUCUAUCAGAACCGGUUCACACCUGUUGACCUCAGCAACGCCGUGAUAGGUUCAGAAAAGGAUGGUGAGUUCAUCAAGUUCCCUGCAUACUCAGUGCUGGAAACUCAGCUCAGUGGGAUGAGCUCUGUCGUCUCUCAGCUGACGACAUUCUCAAAAAAUCCUCAUCCUUCAGACGAUAACAUCACAGGACCCAUCUUCAGCAUCAUACUGAAGAAUGGAAUCUCAGAGAUAAAGCUGUCAAACCUCACACAGAUGAUAGAGAUCUUUAUACCUCGUCCAGGUGCUUCAGCAGAGGUGAAUAACACUGUUGUGUUGGAACAAGACAGCAAAGCGGUGACUAUGAUCAACAUCACAGACCCAUACGUGACCAUCUUCUUCACGGUAAAGCCGAACACUAAUGUGACAUUGGUUCUUACGUUGGCUCACGGCUCACCUCCCAAUAAUACCAACUCGGGCAACAAAACCAUCUUGAAACAAGAGGGAGGCUAUCGCUGGAUGAUAACACCUGAGAUGUUACAGCAAACAGCUGGAGCCUGGUAUGUAGAUGCCAGACUCCUGAACUCCACGCGGGAGCCCGGCCUGACGCUGGAGAUCUCGUCUUUUAUAGCCAAGUGCUUGUACUGGCAUGAAGACAGUGCGAAAUGGAGAACUGAAGGCUGCCGUGUGGGAGAGAAAAGCUCUCUGACUCAAACCCAUUGUCUGUGCAACCACCUCACUCUCUUUGGAAGCUCCUUCUUUGUGAUGCCAAAUCAUGUGGACAUUUCUCGCACAGCCGAGCUGUUUGCCACUGUGUCGGACAACUACGUGGUGCUGGCACUGCUGUGUGCUUUCUUCGGCCUCUACCUGAUCACUCUGCUGUGGGCCUGCUACGCUGACCGCAGGUCACGCUCUAAGAGGAAGAUGACUCUGCUGGAGGACAAUCAUGCAGGUGCUCUGUACAACUAUCUGAUCAGUGUCCAAACUGGCCAUCGCAAGAAUGCUGGGACUACAGCCGACGUGACAGUGAAGCUGAUUGGCUCCGAGGGAGAGAGUGACACACAGAACCUCACGGCUCCCGACAAGCCAGUGUUUGAGAGAGGCGCCGUCGAUGUGUUCCUGUUGGCCACGCCCUUCCCACUCGGCGAAGUGCGAAACAUCAGGCUGCAGCACAACAACUCUGGAGGUCGCCCAUCAUGGUACAUCAACAAGGUGACAAUCCAAGACCUGCAGACACGCCAUGUGGUGCACUUCUUCUGUGACUGCUGGCUGAGUGACGACCGUGGCGAUGGCAUGACCAAGAAAACGUUCAAUGCUGCAAAGAGCAAUGAGAUCGCCAGCUUCAGGAAUAUUUUCCAUAGCAGAACAACGACCGGCUUUAGGGAUGAACACAUCUGGGUUUCCAUUGUGGAUCCUCCCUCACGCAGUCCGUUCACACGUGCUCAGAGGGUCUCCUGCUGUAUGAGUCUGCUCCUCUGCACCAUGGCUAUCAACAUCGCCUUCUGGAACCUUCCUGUGGACGAGAACUCACCUGUGGUCCUCUCUUUGGGUUCUCUGCAACUCACCUGGCAGGAGAUCAUGGUGGGGGUACAGAGCGGUCUCCUCAUGUUUCCAAUCAACAUCCUCAUCAUCACCAUCUUCCGCAGCAUCAAACCCCGAAUCAUUUCCAAGUCCAAAAAGGGGGACUCGGAGGGAAACGUGAGACCUCCUGCUGUGACGUUACCAACUAUUCUGAAGGAAACAGAGGAGAUGAUUUCUUUGUUGAGCAGAAGUCAGAGAAACAAGAUAUCAGCGGUUGGCACGCUGGAGUGCGGUACUGACCUCUGCCCUGCCUUAGAAAAAGUGCAUGAAUUCAUCCAGCUAAUGCAAGGGGAGAGUGAGAGCAGCCCCCACUGGGUCCACUGCAGCCAGUUCCUCCUGACUUGUCUCUGUCACCUCGUCAUGUGCCUGGAGAAGCUGGAUGAAAAGAACUUCCCGAGUGUUCACCACUACAAGCACACUCUUAACACGGCCAACCUGCUGGUGCGCAAGGCUGAGAUGGUCUUCUCCAGCCACUUGGCUUACUGCCCGCCCCCUGUGAAGGUGAAGAAGAAGAAGCGUUCAGGGGGCUGCUGGCUGCCCUGGUGGUGUGUGUUCCUGGGCUGGUUCCUGCUGCUGUCCAUCAGUGGAGUGUCCACUUUCUUCACCCUGCUGUAUGGCUUCCAGUACGGCAGAGAUAAGUCCGUCAAGUGGGUGAUGUCUCUGGGCCUGUCUCUCUUCCAAAGCAUCUUCAUCCUGCAGCCUCUGAAGGUGAUAGGCAUUGCUGUGUUUUUUGCCCUGCUGCUCAAACCUGUAGCCGUGGAGGAGUCUGAAGAAGUUGAACAAGUGCUGUUGGCGCAACAAGACAAGUGUAAACGCUACUCUGGCAAGGCCACACAGUGAGGAAGCUGGCUUCUCUGGUGUGCUCAGCUGCAAGCAACUGGAACUUCAGCUUCUAAAAACUCAUUUGCAUUUAUUGGACGUUAGAAAGAUGCAUCACACCACUGUCCAUGAGAGUUAUCUGAGAUUAGUGAGUCAGAAAAUGGGUAGUUAGUACAUUUGUGUUGCUCUGUUUCAUUUACUAUCCAGAUAUUUAUUUUCUAAGAUGAGGCACAUGCAUAUAAAGAUACGUUUAUAGAUAUUCAUAAUUUAUGUCCACAAAAAAAUGUGGACGACUCCAUUUAUAACCUUAGUGAAUCUGUGAGACCUUUUAUAAGUUAUUUUAGAAUUUAAAUGUGUCCUCAAUCUGACAAAAACAAAUCAAGUUGUGAAGUAGACUCAGUAGGUUAUACAAUAUACACUGUAUAUAUAUUUUAUUCAUCAAUCCAUUAAUCUUAAAGUUAAGUUACUUAAUUUGGACUUUGUUUAGUGAUCAGAGCUACAAUCUUAGCAUUUAAAGACUAUCUCGCUGCUGCAGCCUGUUCAAACAGUCUGUAUGGACUUUCACUUUUAUGUAAUAGCAAAUAGGAGAGCUGAUUACUAAUUGAUCACUUCUUUCCAUUUUACCUCCGUCACUGUAAUCCAUGCUGAAGGUGCAUGUCAUCACUUUUCAUCAUACAUGUCUGCCUCUGCAAGGUUCAGUGUGUCCUCCCUUUAAAUAUUUUACGUAGGUGACCUACCUGUAACUUUACACUGGAGUUGUUCUUUGGGUUUGGGGAAACGUGCAAGUCCACAUGCACUCAAAUGUUCUGUGUUUGACCUUUUGUGCUUUUAUCCAAUCAGAAAUGAAGGUUUAUGAAUUGUUUUAAUGUAAUUUGACUUUUUGUUGUAUGUGUGAAAGUGAAUAAAAUUAUAUCUUCU